AUGCUCCGCACACCAGUAUAUCUGGCGGAUGCCUUGAUCGGGCAUUGCCUCAUGCGACAAACUUUGGGUAGAUGCCCCGGUCGUGAACACAAAUUGCAAAACGCUUUACCCUUGAAAAGGCAUUGUUUCGCUGUGUCCAAGACCACCGCAUACCUAACUCUGCUGCGGUCCACUGGGUGGAACACGUGCUCGUUUCCCUACAGUUCUACUUCGGCCUCUGGUCCUCGAGAAGGGAGUCUCGGUUCUCUAGAUGCAACAGCUGCCACUCCUAGUUCAGUGACUCCUUGCUUCUGAGGUGCGUUCUUGCCAACUCUUUCCACUGCUUCUGCCAUGCCAAACACCUCUUUCGAUGUUAACUCCUCCCUCUCGAGCAACCGCUUCCUAGUUUCUACAGAUGCCAACCCACCAAUGAAUACCAUUGCCACCGUCGCAUCCCGCAUAUCCUUGACCUUCUCGAAUCCUCAUGUACUAGCGGCCUUUUGGACAUGA